UAUAUUUCUUCCCUUAUGUAACUCCUUGGAUCUUGUAUAUUACUAGGGUUUGAUAUGAGAAGGAAACACAACGAGGCGCUAAACCCUGACCAUGGCGUCGCAAACCCUUUCCCGCUCCCUCCUCCGUCGCCCGGCGAAUUCCCUUUCCUUUAUCUUCUCACGGUCCUUCUCUUCGCCGGCUGCUCUCGCCAAAGCCCCCCCUCCGUAUUCCCUCGCCGCGUCCUCUCUGCUGACCCGCACGCGGCCCCUCGCCGCCGCGGCGCUCUCCUCUGUGAUCCGCGGCGAUGCGUCGACGAGAGGUUUCUCGACGCAGGCCUCGAAUCGGGUCCCGAAAGAGACGAUCUUGCUCGACGGUUGCGAUUUCGAGCACUGGCUUGUCAUAAUGAACAAGCCUGAGGGAGAACCCUCUAGGGAUGAAAUCAUCGAUUACUACAUCAAAACGCUCGCCCAGAUCGUUGGCAGUGAGGAGGAGGCAAGGAUGAAGAUAUACUCUGUGUCAACCAGAUGCUAUUAUGCGUUCGGAGCUCUCGUGUCGGAAAAGCUUUCCUACGAAAUCAAAGAAUUGCCGAACGUACGAGAUGUUCUUCCCGAUUCGUACAUGGAUGUAGAGAACAAAGACUAUGGAGGUGAGCCGUUCAUUGAUGGAAAGGCUGUUCCGUACGAUCCCAAGUACCAUGAAGAGUGGAUGAGAAACCACGUCCGGACAGAUGAGAGUGCGCAACCGCCCUUGGUCGCUUAGCUUUAUAUGUAAUGUAGGGUGCCCCUCAAAGGCAACGCCUUCUUCUUUAUUCCAUGGAUCAUAAAUAGCCUACGUAUUUAUCACCCCUU